UGUGCAAAACCAAAGUCGAACCGAGCCCGAAUUUGCACGGCAACUUCAGUGCUCCAACACAGUGUUUUCCAUUUGAGUUGUAGCAAAUACGAGCCCAGAAAGAGGCCAUGAACGCAACUGUUAUCAAACUCGAGCCGGGUGGGCGUUAAGCGACAAGUUAAACAUUCAGAUGGCAGUUUGGAGAGAGACGGCGUGAAAGCUGGGCUCCACCACCAAGGAGCAAGUAUGUUUUUGCAAAAACUGAUGGCCUACUGGUCGGUAGCAGGCAUAUUUUGCUUCAUGGUAGGAAUCAGUCUCACAAUCCAGAUCCUUCGCUUAAUUUGUCCAAGCCUCGCCAAGAAGAUAGUUCUCAAACUGGGUGAAAGUUCCACCAUGACCCAGAAUCCCAACUUUAAGUUUGAAGAUUGGGGUCCGACAUUUGGCUCGAAAGAGUUCAUCAAAACCGCCUCCUAUCACUUGUGGAUGUCUCUAGGACAAGAGGCUUUUGUGGGAGGAGAAGCUCCAGACUCACCUGUUGUCACCAUGAAGGGGGAGACAAAGAACAUCUGCAAGUACCUAAACGGCAACAGACCGCUGGUGCUGAGUUUUGGAAGUUGCACCUGACCCCCAUUUAUCUUCAAACUUGAGGAGUUCAAGCAACUCGUCAGGGAUUUCAGUGAUGUAGCUGACUUUCUUGUGGUCUACAUCGCGGAAGCACAUUCAACAGAUGGUUGGGCCUUUGCCAGCAACAUCGAUAUCAACCAGCACCAGAGCCUGGAGGACAGGCUGUCUGCAGCACAGAUCUUGGUUCAGAAGGAGCCCCUGUGCCCAGUGGUUGUGGAUGAAAUGAAUGAUAGUGCUGCCAUAAAGUACGGUGCCAUGCCUGAGAGGCUCUAUGUGCUGCAGGCUGGGAAAGUUGUCUAUAAGGGAGUGGAGGGGCCUUGGGGCUAUGAUCCACAAGAGGUGCGUUCGUUCCUGGAGAAGAUGAAAUAAUGAGGUUGUCCAGUUAUGUAUUAGCCAUCAGUCUUGAUGGGUCUCAACAUGUGUCAUUGUAACCAGCAUAUAUUAAUGAUGUGUGUGUGUGUGUGUGUGUGUGUGUGUGUGUAUAUAUAUAU